UACAGCACAUGGCAGCCGUGACCGUGGGGAUCCUCCUGCUAUUCGCAGUCCUUGUAGGACAAGGGUCGAAUGCUCAGGAUUGUGGAGCGGCACCUCUGAAAACAAGGAUAGUGGGUGGACAGGAUGCUACAGCUGGGUCAUGGCCCUGGCAGGUCAGCAUGCACAUCAGAUUCUCAGGUGUUCAAGGUCACGUCUGCGGGGGGAGCCUGAUCACUGACCAGUGGGUACUCACAGCAGCCAACUGCAUCCUAACACAAUCGCUAAGUCCAUGGAUUCUCUACAUGGGAAGACAGACUCAGAAUGGCUCUAACAUUCACGAGGUAAACCGCACCGUGUCCCAGAUCAUCGUCCAUUCUGACUACAAGAACAACUUGUUCAACAACGACAUCGCCCUGAUGAAGCUCCAAAGCCCCGUUGUGUUCACUGACUACAUCAGGCCUGUCUGUCUGGCCAGUAACACCAGCCAGUUUCACAACGCCACCCUCUGCUGGGCCACUGGUUGGGGCCGACUUGGACGUAACGAGCCCUCCCCAUCCUCACUGCAGGAAGUUCAGGUUCCCAUCAUUGGAGAAAAGCAGUGCAGUUGCAACUACAGCCCAAUUCCAGAGGCAAACAUCACUGAUGAAAUGAUAUGUGCGGGACAAGGGAACAAAGGAGCAUGCCAGGGGGACUCUGGUGGUCCUUUGCAAUGCCAACAAAACUCGCGGUGGAUUCAGUCCGGCAUUGUCAGCUAUGGAAUACCGUGUGCCCAGGCUAGAUUCCCUGAUGUCUACGCCCGAGUAUCUCAGUUCCAGACUUGGAUCAUGGAUCAAGUGCCUGCGGCAAACGUUAGCUUUCUAACGUACGCCUCCAAAGGCACUGAUGAAGACAACAACUUUGUGUGUAACCCACCCACAGAAGUUCCAACUACAAACACUACAACCACUACAAACACUACAAACACACCAAACACUACAACCACUCCAAACACUACAACCACUACAACCACUACAAACACAACAACCACUACAACCACUACAAACACACCAAACACUACAACCACUACAACCACUACAACCACUACAACCACGACAACCACUACAACCACUACAACCACUACAAACACGACAACCACUACAACCACUACAAACACUACAAACACUCCAAACACUACAAACACUCCAAACACUACAACCACUACAACCACUACAAACACUCCAAACACUACAACCACUACAAACACUCCAAACACGACAACCACUACAAACACUACAACCACUACAAAUGGUGAUAGUGUUAAUGUUCCUGCAGAACACUUGUUCACAUCUCUGGCUUUGUUGUGUUACAUUAUGUUUGGCUUAUAAAUGAUAAUGUAUGUGUAUAAUAUCACAACGAUUGCAGUGGAGUGUGUGUUGUCAAAGUGCACUGUAGAACUGUAGUGUUGUUCUCUGUUCAAACUUUUUGGAGGAUUGAUAUCCCAAACUUACGAUCUCAUUAACGAUAUCAACCCACACUUCUUGGUAAAUGUAAGAAUGGCCUGGGACUCGGAUCUCGGUGGUUAUAACACAUGACAAAUGGGACUCUUUUGUUUUAGACUUGAUAUACACAUCAUCUGCAUCCGCUAAACACAACUCAAUACAGCUAAAAGUGGGACACAGGGCAAUUAAAGGCCAGCCAGAAGAGUUGUAACACAUGUUCUGUCUAUUUAACCAAAAGUCUCCAACCUUUGGUUAAAUAUAUUUAAAACUUAUGGUGAGGAAGUCUGUUCCCGUUUACCAAAUAAAGCCAAUGUGGUCGUAGCCUUCA